CCUCGACCCCACAAGGUUCACAACGCGUCACAUAGCAGUCAAAUGCACGCCUGACUUCACCUACAUAGAUUUACAGACAUGGCGCCCCAAAGAAAGCGCGACAAUCGCGAAAUUGCGUUCUUCAAUGUCGGUGUUCAGGGAAGAAAGACCGGUAUCACACUGGAAGAGCGUGUGCGUGACGAGCACGGCAUUGAGGCUAUCUCUGGCAUCUUCUCCUCGCCAGAGAAGUCACCACCGAAGCGCGGAAGUACAGUAUCGGGGUCAGAGUCAAUGGAUAUACAAGAGAGCUCCAUUCCGAACAUUACCACCUCCGCUGCGAUUCUGCGCAACAAUCGCACUCUCCUCCCUCCACCACGGUCGCGAUCGCCAAUGAAAACUGCCCUUGGUUCCUCCCCGCGCCGGCAAUCGUCUAUGGCACCUCGGGGCAGCUCGAUUGGCCCUUCAAGUCCCAUACGCACAACUUCACACCCGGCUGUAGCGAGACGACUAGAUUUCGAAGAAGAGGAGGACCCAAGUCUGCAAGAGACACCAGCGCUGAGCGGUUCAAGACAGCGCCGCGGGAAGCGCAACGACAUUUAUACGCUGGAGCGCUCGCCCAGCCGGCCACACAGCGCGGUGCUGGAGGAGAGUGAGCUGCAAGAAGAAAUCACAGCAAACAACAACGAGGAAGACGAGCUGCCAGUCAUGACUGAGAUUGAAGAAAGCUUUAUAGCGCAUAUUGGCGAUGACACAGUCACAGGUGCCGACGCAGUUGAAUCGCUGAUGGAGGAAGAGACCCAGGUAGAGGAGGAGGUUGUGCCAGAGCCGGUACAGGAACCAGCAAAAAGGGGCAAGAAGCGGAAGAGCGACCAAGCAGCGUCUGUUGAAGAAGUUAGCCCAAAACCAACCAAGGCACGAAAGCGCGGAACGGCUGCAGCGCAGGCCACCGAGCCAGCGAAGAAGGCAAGGAAGGCUGCGACCGCACCUGUCGCUCCUACACGUCGCUCGAAGCGCGUGUCAGACAUUACGGAACAGGAACCUAGCAUCCUUGAAGCAUCAGGCGUUGACGAAUCUGCUGUGGCAGAUGCAUCUGAGCAAAUCGAGGAGGCACCUGUAGCCUCAAAACGUCGCCGGCGGCCACCGAAGGCUCAGAAAGAUGCUGAAGUUGAGCCAGCCGCUCCAGCUAAGACAACGAAGAAGGCUGCUGCCAAGGAUGCUACGAAAGAGAAGUCAGAACCAGUCUUCAAGAAACCAACCAAACCGGUCGCAAAACCAAAGGAGAAGCCAGCGCCAAAGGGUAAGGAAAACGAAAAGGCAACGGACAAAGUAUCCAAAGACGAAGCCGGAAGACCAGUGGAUGCAUACGGCAACCCGCUUAGCAAGGCGGAUAUUGAGCAAAUGUCUAUAACGUCAGUGGGAUCACGGUACGGUCGCGGACGGCAUCUCUCGGUGUUUCGCGAGAUGGAGCCUGAGGCAGUUGCGCGAGUUGGCCGAACAGGCAGACACCGUGUCGCGCCGAUCGAUUUUUGGAAGAACGACAGGAUCAACUACAACCACGAUGGUAGCAUGCAAACAAUCGUCAAAGCACCAUCGCCCGAACCCGUACAAAGGACGUCGACGUACUACAAGAAGGGGAAGAAGAAGACACUCGCUGCUGUGGAAGAAGAGGAGGUUGAACUCGACCCUUGGGAAGAAGACGACGGCUUCUUGACAGGCAACUACAAGGACUUCGAUCCUGCGAAUGAGUUCACUUCGCCCGGCCUUGUGGAAGGCGUCAUUGCAUGGUCUGACAAGGGUAUCAAGCCUGAACCAGUCGGAGAUGGCUCUUUCCAGUACGCCAGGAUAGGAGGGAGUGACCCUGCUGGCUUCCUCAACUGGGGCAUGAUCGAGCUCCGCGCUGAUCAGAUGAAGCGCUCCAAGAACUCGAGAAAGAUGCAUAUGGUUUUCAACGUUCAGUCAGGUGCUGUUGAGGUCAAGGUCCAUGAGAAUGAGUUCACGGUGCACAAGAGUGGGAUAUGGCAGGUUCCUCGUGGCAACACAUACAGCAUCAAAAAUGUCGGUAGCGGGACAGCUCGCAUCUUCUUCGCACAGGCUCGCGAGACGUUCGCAGAUGAGGAGUAGCUCACGGUCAACUGGUUUUUCAAGACUGUUGUUUUUUUAUACUCAGCCAGCAGACAAGAGCGUGUUUGCAUGGUAUAAUGCAUUGUCGCCAAUGAUAUCCAACUGAUC